AUGAAAUCAACCCUAGCUAAGAUGAAAAACAUCAAGUUAAAGGGAAAACUCAGAAUUCCAUGGGCAGAACGAGAAAUAGAUGAGUAUGUGGACUACCUCGAGCAAAAACAUCCACAAGUUGCUCAGCAGCUUGAACGAACACCUUAUGUGAAAUUCCACGGAUCGCCUCACGAGACGGCGAAGAAAAAUGACCCGUGGCACGCGUCAGUAGUCUUCCGUCGAAAAGAAGACUUCAAAGGCUCUGGUGUUUCUCUCCACGUGUAUCCGAACGGGACAGUAGUCCCAUCUAAGUCCGGGUUUCCAGCGUGGGAUGGCGCAACGCCCGUAGCUCCGGAAGAUGUCGGCGAAGAUAAUGCCCACUGGCUUGAUCCUGAAUAUAUUGGCGCUUGGCUUGCCGCCGACAAGACCGAGAUGGAGACAAGCAAGGAGAAAGACAAAGGCAAGGAGAAAGACAAAGGCAAGGAGAAAGACAAAGGCAAGGGAAAGGCCAAGGUAAAGGUUAAAAUAAGAUAUAUACUUAUAUACUACUAUAAAACUAGAUCUUACUAUAACCUAAUUAAGGCCUAUAUCUACCUCUUAAUAAAGAAAUCCUUUAUAGGCUCUUCUUUAUUACUAUCCCCUAAUAGCCUCUUAAGGGGCCUAUUAGAAUUUAUUAUACUUACUAUAUUACUACUAGUUAAAAGGAAGGCUAUUAUAUAUAUACUUAGAUUAGUUAUUAAGGAUAUUAAAGUUCUUAAGGAUUAUAAUAAAUACUUAAAUCUAUAUCUACUACUAAAGCUAUAA